AGGUCGGCAACUACAAGCGCACAGUGAAGAGGAUAGAUGAUGGUCACAGACUGUGUAAUGAUUUAAUGAACUGUAUCCACGAGCGGGCGAAAAUUGAGAAGGCGUACGCCCAGCAGCUCACAGAAUGGUCCAAGAGGUGGAAGCAACUUGUAGAGAAAGGUCCACAGUAUGGCACAGUGGAAAAGGCUUGGAAUGCAUUGAUGACAGAAGCAGAAAGGGCCAGUGAGCUCCACCUUGAGGUUAAAAACGCUCUAAUGAAUGAUGACUUUGAAAAGGUGAAGAACUGGCAAAAAGAGGCCUAUCACAAGCAGAUGAUGGGAGGAUUUAAGGAGACCAAAGAAGCUGAAGACGGUUUCAGGAAAGCACAAAAGCCAUGGGCAAAGAAACUCAAAGAGGUGGAAGGAGCCAAAAAGGCAUACCAUGCUGCAUGCAAGGAAGAGAAACUGGCCAUCUCCCGGGAGACCAACAGUAAAGCUGACCCAGCCCUCAACCCGGAGCAGCUAAAGAAACUCCAGGACAAAGUGGAGAAGAGUAAGCAGGACUCUCAGAAGACCAAAGAGAAAUAUGAGAAGACUUUGAAGGACCUGGAUGGCUCCACCCCACAGUACAUGGAGAACAUGGAGCAAGUGUUUGAACAAUGUCAGCAAUUUGAAGACAAGAGACUGCGGUUCUUCCGGGACUUACUGCUGGAUGUUGAAAAACACCUUGAUCUGUCCAACCUGGAAGGCUAUUCCAGCAUAUACCGAGAUCUAGAGUAUGCAAUCAAGUCAGCUGACGUUCCAGAGGACCUCAAAUGGUUCAAGAACAAUCAUGGUCCAGGGAUGACAAUGAACUGGCCACAGUUUUGAGGUGAGAAGAGUGGUCUGCAGACUUAAACCGCACUCUGAGCAGAAGAGAAAAGAAGAAGCCAGGGGAAGGGGUGACUCUAACUGGAAUCAGCCAGGCUGGGGAGCAGUCUGUCCAGAAUAAAACACAGCAGCUAUCUUAGCGUGCAGUCAGUACAGUCUACACAGUCGAGUAGUAAUCCAUUUGAAGAAGAGGAGGAGACGAACAGUAUCAUUGAGAAGGAGGACAGUAAAACUAAAAAUGUUAGCAGCUAUGAGAAGACUUACCCCACCGAAUGGUCUGAUGAUGAAUCUAAUAAUCCCUUCACCAGCAAUGAUGCCAAUGGAGACAGCAACCCAUUUGAUGAAGAACCUUCAGUCACAAUGGAGGUCCGAGUCCGGGCACUCUAUGACUAUGAAGGUCAGGAGACGGAUGAGCUAAGCUUUAAAGCCGGUGAGGAAUUGACGAAAAUCGAAGACGAGGAUGAACAGGGUUGGUGCAAAGGCCGUUUGGAUGGUGGACAAGUGGGCUUGUACCCUGCAAACUAUGUGGAGGCAGUGCAGUGA